AUGACGACGGCCGACAUCAAGGAGCUGGAUGCUCACGAACAACCCUCGGAUGCCCUCAGGGCCGAGUGGAAGUCGUUCGCCAAGGCCGACCAGAAAGAGCUGAUUGACAGCGGUGACAUUGAUGAUUUAGGCUCUCCAGAAAAAGCCGCCAAAUUCUGUCUUGCCGGCGCCAUUCCCGUGCAGAGACUCAACAGCGCCUUCAGCCACGUCUGCUCCAACGAUUCGCCGGCUCUCCGGGCCGACAAGGACACCCCCAUCUACUUCCACCCCAUUCUCCCAGGAAAAUCAGGCCUGCUCAUCGUGCCCUCGGUAGUCCCGCCCGAGGUCCAGAAGAUCCUCCUGAGACACCUGAUUCACAGAGAUUUGUCCGAUCCGAGGCAUCAGACAAACAUGCAUCUGCAUUUCAAUCUUCCAUACCCUGAACGGAAUGAUGGCGAAGAGUCGUCCUUCUUCUCGUAUUCUCCGGACUCGCCUGAGACAUUCCAGCCCAAGGAUCUCGAGGCCCACAAGCCGCUGUCCGUAAAGCAGGUGCUGGAACGCAAACUCCACUGGGUAACGCUGGGAGGCCAGUACGACUGGACAAAUCGCGUCUACCCUGGAGAGCGCCCGCCUGACUUCCCGCACGACAUUGCCGCCUUCCUCGAGACGCUCUUCCCGGAAACGCUUGCCCAGGCUGCCAUUGUCAACUUUUACACGCCAGGAGACACCAUGAUGAUGCACCGCGACGUGUCUGAGGAGACGGACAAGGGCUUGAUAAGCCUCAGUCUCGGCUGUGACUCGCUAUUCAUGAUUGCCCCCAAUGACGUCGGCAAGCUGUCCGACGAAGAAAAGAAGGCGCUCCACGGCAGAGGCUAUCUGCUUUUGCGACUGCGGUCCGGCGAUGCCGUUUACAUGACCAAAGAGUCCCGUUUCGCGUGGCACGGCGUGCCCAAAGUGCUGAAAGGGACUUGUCCUCCGUAUCUGGAGGACUGGCCGGCAGAAGAUGGAAAGUACGAGGAGUGGAGGGGGUGGAUGAAGAACAAAAGGAUCAACGUCAACGUGAGGCAGAUGCGGGACUAG